AGGUUUUAAAGUGUUGGAAAGCGCGAAGGACGUUUCGCUGUUUCCAAUCUUGUUCUAGAAUAUUCCAGUUCCCUCUCUCCAGAGUCCAGAUAUAUUCCGCACUCAGCAGUCCACGAGGUAGCACUCACACUCGACUCAAAACUCAAAAGUCAUUAUUACGAGCGUUCCGGCGAUCUGCUAUCAGCAAGAAUCGUCCAUUUAUUUUCUUUCAAACUUUUACGAUCAGUUAUAAGCAAUGAGUUCGAAAAUCGACGAGUUGAAACUUGACAUCGAGGAAUUGUCCAUGUUGAUAAAAACAGCCAAAAGGCCUAAAAUAACCUCAUUCCUAUCUCUAGAGUUGAGAAAGUUUGAAACCGCGCUGUUGAAGCUUACAGAAGAGGAAAAAAGAAAAGAAGGAAAGGAUGUCGGUGCCAUGGGCGAUUGUAAUAAAGCUCCCACUACGAAUCGUACCCAGCCAUGCUAUGAUGUGAAGCUCUCUACUUAUGCUUGGGAUCAAUCGGACAAAUUCGUUAAGAUAUUUGUCACAUUAAAAAAUGUUCACACCCUAGAUAAAGACAAAGUUGUGUGUGUGUUUGAUCCAAGUUCGAUGGAGUUGAUGGUCAAAGAAUUGGAAAACAGGAAUUAUUUUUUUAGGAUUAAAGGCUUUCUCCAUGAAAUUAACGAUGCAGAAAGCUAUAUAAAGGUUAAAAAUGAUCUUGUUACUGUAUUUUUGGCAAAGAAAAAACAAGGUCAGAAGUGGUCGUACUUAUCCCUUACUGAACAACAGUUGAAAGAGCCGAAAAAGACCCCAUCUAUCGAACCUGACGAAGACCCGUCAAGUAGCAUGAUGAACAUAAUGAAGAAAAUGUACGAAGAAGGUGAUGACGAAAUGAAACGAACGAUUGCCAAAGUCUGGACUGAGAGCAGAGAUAAAAAAGAUGUCGUUGCUUAAAAAACGACAUUGUUUUAUUCAAUAUAAUUACACUUUUUGUAAUCCGGUAAAAAUGUCCAUAUGAUGAUUAAGUACAAAUGAACAGUGAGAAAUCUACUAUCAGGACUGGUAAAAUGUAAUUACAGGUUUGUUAAUUAUAAAUUAAUAAAUCACUAAUUAUUCAUAAUUAGACAAAUUUUGAAAAUUAA